GAUGACGGAGCUGUUGCUGUUGUUCCUGUGUGCGGUGUUGGUGUUGUGUGUGGUGAUCAGUGUGAGGGGUGGUCCUGUCCCCCCUGUCCUGUACUAUAGGAAGUCCAGUCAAUUUGUGGCCGGACUCCUCACGGCGUGUCCAAUCUUCCUCCAACCGUACACGCCCACUCGCCUGUGGGGUCGAAGUGGCCACGUCCAGACUAUAGUGUACAGCAAGAUAGAGCGGCUGUAUCACCCGAACCUUGACGGGAGACGCCAUGAACGUGUCCUGCCUGACGGCGCGACGUCAACGUUUGACGUGUACGAAGUUGCACGCGAACACCCGUCUGGAGGCGACUACUCCAUGUUGGUUUGCCCCGGUAUCGCCAACAGCAGCGAAAACCCCUACAUCCGGACCUUCGCCGACGCGGCUGUGAGAGGUGGCUACAGGGUGGCGGUGCUUAAUCAUCUCGGCGUUCUGGCCGACCAGAAACUCACAUCACCUCGGGUCUUUGAUUAUGGAAGUACUCAGGAGUUCCAUCACAUGGUGGAGGACAUGAGAAAGAUCUAUCCAAACAGCAGCUUCCUGGCCGUCGGCUUCAGCAUGGGCGCCAACAUCAUCACCAAGUAUCUCGGGGAGCACCCUGACCACCAGAAACACUUCAUCUGUGGGAUGUCCCUGUGUCAGGGAUACGACAUUGCCAGUUUCAACAAAUGCUUGGAGCGUUCCGCAUUGAUGCGGCUCUACAACAACACCAUUGCUAAGAAUGUGAAGACGUUACUGCGACGUCACAGGGACGUGUUAUUCAGCUCAGAGGCUGAGCGGAGGUACGGCAAGACGGAUGUAGACCAAGUCUUCAAUUCAGCAUCACUGUUUGAUCUGGCCAAGACAUUCAGUUGCAGACGUGCAGGGUUUGAGGACCCGGAUGAGUACUACACAUGGGGAAGCAGCGCCACCUAUCUGGAUAAUAUUACAAUACCCAUGUUGUUUCUAAAUACCCUUGAUGAUCCAGUCGUGUCGCCGUCUGUACACGGUAUAGCGAGGAAGUUUGCAGAAACACAUGACAACUGCCUAUUUGUGGUAACGCGUCAUGGCGGCCAUCUUGGAUUCUACGAGGGUGGAUUUUUUGUUCCAAGUCACGUGACCUGGCUGGAAAGGGCUGCGUUGGAGUACGCCGGUGCUGUUGUCACGCUCAUCUCUAGGGAGAGGUAGCGUUGGCUCCAACAUGCGUUCCCACAUAUGUGGUUCAGCGGCCAGACAUGCGUCUUAUUAAGGUCAAUGACCUCCCAGUCAUAUAUCAUGUCAGACUUUGGGGGUGGUAAUAUCUCCCAAAACCACGUGUCUGUGUGGCAGCGUAGACGUACAAGAACCACGGCUCCCUUGUCUUUGUCCGAACUGAACUGUUAACUGGCAUUGUUACAUUUUUAGUAACUGUUUUCACUUUGAGACGGUAUCGUUUUUAGGUUACUACUUCCAAAUACUAUUUUGUGUGUGAAAGGAUGACCUGGCUUUUCUUUUUUCACAAACAUUUUUUUCAGGCCAUAGAGCCUG